AUGGCCCAUACACCUCUUAAACAGGAAACACCAUUAACCGAAGCUGAUGUAGCAAUAGGAGAUAAAGGUAGCGAAGGAUUGUCUUUCUAUAAAAAAGACCCAGUCGCUUUCUUUCAUUUGCUACAAACAUAUACAACUGAACCACAAAGAUCUAUAUGCCAUUCAUCAUCGAAGAUAUUUUUCGAUACCUAUCCAAUCAAUGUUUCUUCAUCAAAUUCAUUUCCAUUGCCCGACGAAGAAAUACAUAAUCUAUGCAAACCAAUAAUUAAAGAAGAUAAAACAAGUGAUACAUUAGACAAUAUCCUAGCAUCAAGAAAACUAGAUGAAUUGACUGACGAUAUUAUAUUAAAUUCAAAUUCAUCAUUAAACGGUAUCCUUGCUUUUCGAAGGCUACAGGAGUGUGCAUCAUUAAAACAAACAUCUGGUGAAACUCAGCUCACAAAAGCAGAUUCAAUAGAACAAAAUAAUAGUAAUCCUGAAGAUAAAGUGCAAGCUAUUAAUGAAAGCUUGGAAUCAAUUUCGUUAGAUGAAAAAAAAGACGACAAAUUAGUGAAAAGCAAAGAGCUCAAUAAUAAUACGAUUAAGCCAAGCCAAUUUCGAGUAACAAGAUUAAGAAUACGAUCACACCAACAAUCGCCACCGAUAUCUCAAGAGUCUACAUCUGAUAAUCAAUUUCAGUUUGUUGUACCCAAUGAAAUUCCGAAUUCUUCACCACACUCUUCUCCAACGAGACUCACGCCCAGUACAUCAGCAUCAACUAGCAAUCUAAAUAAUUCUACCGGUGUUCGAAGACGAAAAAGGCCUAUUGGAAGAAAGAAAAAAAGAGUUCAUUUUUCUGAUUCAGAUGGCGGUGAAUUAACACAAGUGCAAUACUUUCACUCAUUUACUGAUGAAGAUUCAAUGAAUUUUCCAUUUUUAAGCAAUAAUCUGUAUGUUCCAGUAUCAUUACAUUUAGAAAAUAAACCAUGGGUAUUUGACGUUGAAUUAACAUCAAAACAAACUUCGUCUAUUCGAGUACCGAAAAAAUUCUUUUGUUUAUAUCGUCAACCGAACUCCGAACAUCCCGAUAUAUAUUUACAUGAAGUAUGGAAAUCCCAAAUAAAAUUAGAAUAUGCUAGUAUACGUCUCAAAUCUUCAUUAACUGGCGAACAAUAUUUAUAUGGUACAACAUGGGUCACCAAUGCUGGUUAUCAUAAAAAUGUUACUCUUCAAUAUACAUUUAGUCGAUGGUCGAAUAAAAAUGAAUAUCAAGCUAAACAUCUUUUUCAUUCAAAUGAUUUUCGUAAUCUAGAUAAAUUUGAAUUUAAUAUUGAUAUUCCAAAUGAUAUUGAUCGAGUUGACUUUGUCCUUCGUUAUCGCGUCAAUGGGCAAGAACAUUGGGAUAAUAAUGAAGGAAAAAAUUAUUCAUUGGAAACUGAAUCUGCCUAUUCACCACAAACAACCAUAUCUUUGCCUCAUGAUUGUAACUUUGACGAAAUGAGAUUUUAUUAG